GUGCGGGCCUUCCCAUCCCUCCUGUCCCCCUCCUGUCCCUUCCCCUCCCUUCUCCGGCCCCCGACUUUAGGACCUCUCCUGAAUUUCCUUUUUCCCAUUUCCCAGAGAUGCCUUAUGGGGAAAGUAAAACAAAGUCUUCGGGGCUUGGUGAAGAGCUAACAAGCGGACCCUCCCCCAAAAAGCUGAAGUCAACGAAAGAAGCUUAUGUGGUUUACCAUGACGGCAGAGCAAAUUUUCAAGAAUUGCAUGAGAAAAGAUGGACUGAUUGGAUACCUCUGUCCAAUGUCGGUGAUAAGGAGAAUGAUAAAACGCAAAAGAACACCAGUGAAACUACAGAUAUAUUGAAAAAUCUGAGCGUGUUAGGUUCCGGGAAUCAGCCAGUGGUUACUAAAUCCAAUGAUUCAGAAGUCUCAAAGGUCAUGAAUUCUCCAGCAGUGUCCAUGGACAACAAUAAGGCAUCAAGACAAAAUAAUUUUGAUGAAAUAUGGAUUAAAGAACAAACCAAUAAGGCAUCUGUUAUUACCAGGAAAGAAGAGGUAGAAGAAUAUAGUACAAGCAAAGCCUUUAUUGGACCCAUCUACAAAACCCCUGACGAAAAUAAGUGCGAUGCAAGGAAAGAUUCUAUUCGGUGUAGCAGAGAAGCCAAUAGAAAGGAAAAUCCAUCACCAUGUGGUAGAUCUGAAAACAAACAAAAUAAUAAAUCUGAAAUCGAUGAUGAAUUGUGCCAGUUUUAUAAAGAAAUCCAGCAGCUUGAAAGUGAUAAGGAAGAUUCAGAUGGCAAUAACCAGGAAUUGGAAACUUCUCAGGAACAACUUAUUACAUAUUAUGACUAUAAUCGAAAUGACUCUUUACAGUCUGAUGACCAAAAGAAAGACUUUCAGUACAGUGAUAAACAGUCGUUCUGUGGUGAUAAGAAUUACUUCAAUAAUGAAUCAAGUGGUUGGAGAAUGGAAUACACCUUUAGUGGAGGAAUGGAGCCCACAGUUUGUAAUAGUUCCACACCUCCAUUUAGGCCUGAGUGGCACCCAAUGCAGACUUUUAUCGUGCCCCAAGGCCCUCCUCCACCUUCCAAGUUCAACUGUCACUUGCAUUUUCAAAGAUUUUCCUCCCCACCGUGUCUACCAAAUACCUUCCGGGGCCAGAAUGAUAGGUUGCCUCAGAAUUACGAAGGUGAUCGUGGAAAUAGCGUUAUUAUGAAUUGGGCCUAUCCAUUAUUUGAUCAGAGUAGUAAGUAUCCUGAACGUAACGGGAGUAGCCAGAGCACUCUGGCCUUUAGAAGUGGCUACGAUGAUCAAGGUGGACAAGUAAAUAAUGGUUUCUGUGAAGCCAGAGAAGAAUGUUGCUCCCAAGCUAUGAAUAGGACAGAUGAUGCAGAUAGAUUUACAUGCCAUCAAUUUCAAGAGGAAAAGCUCGAGAGGCUGCAGAAGUUACUUAUCCUUUUAAGAGGCCUACCUGGCUCAGGAAAGACAACCCUGUCUCGAGUUCUGCUUGGUCAGAGUCGUGAUGGGAUUGUGUUCAGCACUGAUGACUAUUUCCGUCAGCGAGAUGGCUAUAUGUAUAAUGUGAGCCUACUUGGUGAUGCACAUGACUGGAACCAGAAUAGAGCCAAGCAAGCUAUCGAUCAGGGAAGAUCUCCAGUUAUAAUAGACAAUACAAAUACUCAAGCUUGGGAGAUGAAACCAUAUGUGGAAAUGGCCAUAGGAAAAGGAUAUAGAGUGGAGUUCCAUGAACCUGAAACAUGGUGGAAAUUUGAUCCUGAGGAAUUAGAAAAGAGAAAUAAGCAUGGGGUGCCUCGUGAGAAGAUUGCUCAGAUGUUGGAUCGUUAUGAAUUUCAAAUGUCCAUAUCAAUCGUAAUGAAUUCAGUGGAACCUCCUCAUAAAAGCACCCAAAGGCCGCCUCCUCUGCAACGAAGAUUGAGGUGGGGUGGCUGUUUAGACCCUUGGAAUCCCAUCAGUGUUUCAGAUUACUGAUAAUUCAGGUUACUUUCAAUUAACAGCAGAUUAUUGCUUUACCUUUUAAGUGAUUUCACAGUGAACCUUUCUUGAGGUUUGAAUAGGUUCCAGGCCAAUAAAAAAAACAACAAAAAAACCCACCCACUACUUCCCAGCAAACUGUUUCAAUUUUAAAAUGUAAAUAAAAUACCACAUAAAAUUGUGCACCAAAUGGUUUUUUAACCUUGUAUUGUACUAACUUGGGUUUUAGAAAAACUCCUGGAUAGUGUAACGGGACCAGAAUGCUUCUCAAAAUUUGGAUCCUAAAUAAUUUUAUGGGGUGCAGUAGAAACUGUUGAACAGUUUUUAAAAGGUGUGACCAACUCAAGUGUGUUUUUAUAAUGUUUUAAUAUUACCCUUGACGAUUUUGAAGCUGCAGGUGGGACACCUAAUUUGCCAUGGAGAAGAUUUUAAUUGAUUUUAUUUAGAAGUUGAAUGUUUUCUUACAAAGUGUUUUUCUUGUACAAAGAAGUUUUUUCAGUGUGGGAAUUUCUUUUCACUUAAACUCCUUGAAAGAACAUUCAGGAUUCAUCUAGUCCAGUGUCUUACCAUUAUAUCAUUGCCAUCCCUGACUAAGUAUGCUAUAGGGUAGGUGCAUAUCAUUAUGUCGUACUCUCCCAAAUGCUUAGUACAAGCACUCAAUAAAUGCAAUUGCUUAAUUGGUAUAUCCUGAGAAGAGAAUACCUCAACCUCAUUCAGUAACCCAAACUACUGUUUAACAGUCUAUAUUGGCAAGAAGUUUAAUCAGUCAGGCAUAUUUACUGAGUACUUACUGUGUGCAGAGCACUUUACUAAGCGCUUGGGAGAGUUCAUUAAAAUAACAUUCCCUGUGCCCAAUGAGCUUACAGUCUUGAGGGGGAGACAGAUGUUAAUAUAAUUAAAUGAAAUUUCAGAUAGCCCUCAGAACAAGUUGGAAUUUAAUCUAAUAUCUGCUUGUUCUGCCCUAAUAAAACUGUCACUAUGCUCUAUAAUUACACUUCAAACAUAUGGAAUAUUAUAAUUAACCUUUAUAUACUCCUCCUAACAUGAAAAUCAUCCUGUAUAACUAUCCCACGUGUACCCUUCAAGCCAUUCCUCUCAUGUUAAAUACAUCUUAUUUUAAAGCCCUAGUUCUCCAGCCUUUAUCAUUUGUGUUACGCUUUUAUGAACUCUCCUUAUAGCCCUUUAAAACGGCAGCUUCUCCAGCUAGCCCCAGAACUCUAAUAAGGACCUUACAGUUGCUGAAUCUUCUGAGGGUAUUACUUCAUGAUAUCUAGACGUCACACCAUACAGGGGUAGAGCAUGUUUUGUUAAACUUUUAACCGUAUUAACGCAAGCUUGCCUUGCCCAUGUACGUCUCCCUUCUCGUUCUUGGAAAUCUCCCACCAGUAGUGGCCUUGCAUUGUGCAAGUAUAGAUUUAAGCUCCCCUAAGGAACAAAAACCGGUUAUUAGUCUCCUGCAUGUUCUCAUUUCCUCCUCUUCUACCCAUGACAGCGUUUUAGAUCAGUAACAGGGAAUGUGCAGAGGUGAGAGAGAGAGAGAGAAAAUGCCUGAUUUUAAGGGUUUCUGAAUCAUUAUUAUAGAGGAUCCAGUAUCAGUGAAAUAAACCAAUAACGAACAGGAGAUUCAAUGCAACAUUUUGAAAACUAUAAAAAACUGAUUAAUCUAGAGUUUUUCCUCAGUUUGCCGUUGAGAUCAUUUUUGUCAGUGGUUAAAUAUGAGUUUUGAUUUUUUUUCUUUUUUGCUUUGCAGAAUUAAAGUAUUUAAGUUA